GUCAGUCGUCAUGUUUGUAUCGUGUAGUUAGCCCUGCUGGUGUGUAGCUCCAUAUUAGCCCGUGUAAAUGCUGCAGUUCUCACCCAGGCUGUCGUCCUCUCUCUGGCACCAUGAACAGGACUCAGCUGAAGCGGUCCAGUAUCUUAAGGAUGGCGCUGUCCGGCUCGGACACGAUGGACCAGGACGGACCUGGAGAGACGUUCAUACUGCGGGCUGUGAAGAUAGCGGCUGUGGUCGCUCUGUACUGGUUCGUGUCCAUAACUAUGGUGUUCCUUAAUAACUACCUGCUGGACAACCGAGAGCUGGACGCGCCGCUGUUCGUCACCUUCUACCAGUGUGUGGUGACGGUGGGGCUGUGCUGGCUCAUGCAGCUGCUGGCCUCACUGUGCCCCGGAGUCAUCGACUUCCCCUCGGUCAAAUUCGACCUGAAGACGUCCCGGGAGGUCCUUCCUCUGUCCGUCGUCUUCAUCAGCAUGAUCACCUUCAACAACCUGUGCCUGAAACAUGUCGGGGUGGCUUUCUACACGGUGGGCCGCUCGCUCAGCACAGUUUUUAAUGUGCUGCUGUCCUAUGUCAUCCUGAAACAGACCACAUCACUCCAAGCCAUACUGUGCUGUGGGAUCAUACUGGGUGGAUUUUGGCUUGGUGUGGACCAGGAAGGCAUCGCAGGCUCCCUCUCCUGGACAGGCGUCUUUUUUGGGGUGAUAGCCAGCGCUUGUGUCUCUCUGAACGCCAUCUACACCAAGAAGGUGAUGCCAGCAGUGGACGGAAACAUUUGGAAACUGUCCUACUACAACAACAUUAACGCCUCCAUCCUCUUCCUCCCGCUCAUCCUUGUGUUUGGAGAGUGUGGCCGUGUCGUCAGCUUCAGCCGCCUCACUGACCUUGGCUUCUGGGGCAUGAUGACACUCGGAGGAGUGUUUGGUUUCGCCAUUGGCUAUGUCACAGGCCUCCAGAUCAAGUUUACAAGUCCACUCACGCACAAUGUCUCAGGGACCGCAAAGGCCUGCGCUCAGACUGUUAUUGCAGUGGUGUACAACAGCUCCAGUAAAAGCCUGCUGUGGUGGACCAGUAACAUGAUGGUUCUCGGUGGCUCAUCAGCCUACACAUGGGUCAAAAGUGUAGAAAUGAAGAAGGCUCCCCGCAGAGACCUUCAGGACUCAGCCAGGGAAAAACUGCUGACGGGGGAGAAAGGCAACACAGGAGUGUAAACUAGGCUGAGAAAGCUUCAACUUUUACCUAUGUGGUGUGAGAAUGUGAAAUAAUGUAACAUUUAAGGCCUUUGCACAUCAAGUCUGUACUUUUUAAAUGCAUUUUUUUUAACCUAUAAUCAGUCAAUCAUUCAUUUAUUGUAAUCGCUUAUCGUGUUAGGGGUCGCAGGGGGGCUGGAGCCUAUCCCAGCUGACAGUGGGUGAGAGGCAGGGUUCACCCUGGACAGGUCACCAGACUAUCACAGGGCUGACACAUAGAGACAGACAACCAUUCACACUCACAUUCACACCUACAGACAAUUUAGAGUCACCAAUUAACCUGCAUGUCUUUGGACUGUGGGAGGAAGCUGGAGCACCUGGAGGAAACCCACGCUGACAUGGGGAGUUCAUUCAGACUCUGCACUGAAGGGCACUCCCAUCCUGGGGUUCAAACCCUCCACCUUGGUUGUGAAAAUUUGCAAUAUGAGACAACACCUGCAGGACCUGAGCUGUCCUCCUGCUGUGUCUCCACACUGCUACUUCGUCUUUUUCUGUGCGCGCUCCUCAUCUUCUGUUACAUCCUCCUCUUUGUCGUCAUCAUCAUCCACCUAUAUAUUACAUUGUGUUGAAAUGUCAUAACUCCGAAGCUUUCGACAGAUGCAAACAAACGCAAAAAAAGGAACCUACUCUGAAACCUUAAAUAACGAAUGAAAGUUUCAGUGUCAGCGUUUAAACUUCAUUCACACAAUGUGAGGUCAUAUUUAUCUUUACUCGCUGUUUCCACAUAGCUCUGUGCACAAACACAAGUUAACCAGGAGUCUGUUAAUUCCUUGGUGAACCUCUGACAUCUCCGACGUGUUUCAGAAACUUUUCCUGUUUUAUUUAUGCUGAAAAAUGUAACUUUUGCGGCAAAUUUCAAACAGACUGUCUGCAUGGUGCCGCAGCAGGUCAGCAUAAAGAACAAAUUAGCAAAUGUACUGACUGUAAUACAGCCCAAUUAAUGCAUUUUUUCUCAGUGAAAAGUUUGACGGCAUGUUUAGCUAGCUAACAUUGUUAGCAGUGGCACAUAUUGGAUCAUACCUCAUACCAUAAGAUUCGACGGCGAAAAAACACUCAAAAUUGAGUUCUGUGCCAUUUCUGUAGUGGUGUUUUUAUCCUUUUCAUAAAGGAGUGUUUCCUUGCGUUGAACACUAGGGGGCGUACAUCCUAUACUAUACACAGAUGUGGACACAAAACAGACUUGGUGUGCAAAGGUCUUUAGAACAUGAUCGAUCAGUGAUUGAAGUUAUACACGCGUUGAAUCAGUGAUUUUUUAUUUUUUGUUGAAUUUAAUAAUCUUGUGGUUUUAUACAGUUUGACUUGAGGCCUGAAGGAAUUUGUAUAUAUUUUAUUUAAAACCGCUCGCGUGCAUUUGGGACUUUUUUCCAAUUAUUAUGAAAUGGUCCUGUCUUUAAAUCAUGUUUUUAUUCAUGGGUGGGGGGGUAUUUUUACUCAGACUGAGGGGACUGGAGUCAUAGUGAAGUAGAGACUUUUUUAUUCCCAUUGUUUUAAUCAUGAUCUGAAGAAUAUUUAUUAGCAGGUAUGUGAAAUAUGCGAGUGUAUGUCACUAUUGAGGUUUGUAGGGAAGCCUCUGGUUAUGAUCACGUCUGCUUCCUCAAAUAUGAACAAAAGCAAGACAGAAGGAUUUGUCACAUCCUGCAGUUAGGUAACAUACAGGUAACCUAAGCUAGGUAAUCAGAAACCUUGUGUCAGUGUGACUGAUAUAAUGGGCCUUUUAUCUCCAAAGAAGACACUCCGUCUGCAGUCAUAUGCUUGCACAUUGUUUGCUAGGGCACAGGAUGUUUCAUAACUGGACACAUUUUAAAUAGUAAACCCAGCUGAUGGCAUAAGGUCGUUGAAAUGUAUGUUAUCAUUUCAAAACAAAUGCAGACAGACUGAAAGAGAGCUCUCUCCUGUUAGCAAACCUACUCACAGGUCUCUCACCUCUCGUGUGUCGUUCGUACACUUACCUGUGACAUUAUCUUAAAUGUCACAGCGGUGAACAACUGCACCGCAGCUGAGGCUUUGUUUGCGCUUGUUAUUCACUCUUUACUUAAAGUGUGACACACCAGGUUCCUCUCUACGUAGCCUGAAAAAGCUUUCAAAAUCAGCUUUUUAAAAUGUCUUUAAAUGACUGUAACACAAUAGAAACAAAGCCAGGGAGCUUAUUUCAAAGAAAACAUUAAAGAUAGUGUACAAUUCAA